CCCUUAAUCCUGCAUUCCGUGUGAUCAUAUCAGUCAGGUUCAGGUGUUUAGACCGGGUACUAGCUGAUACAAACCCUUCACAGCUCACAGAGUAUCGUGGGAGUCUGCAAAACGUGACGACGGAAUCGGCAAAAUGAGUAAAUCUGACCCGGGACACAUGAUGAUGGGAGGAGCCUCGGGAGCACAAGAUGCGACUCCGGAGAUCCAAGCUAUCUGCGAUGAGGUGAAGGCAGAAGUGGAAAAACAGGCUGGUGUGAAAUAUCGCACCUUCCAGGCCGUGUCCUACAGGUCACAGGUGGUGGCAGGAACCAACUACUUCAUCAAGGUGGACGUAGGUGGUGAGAAGUAUGUGCACCUGACGGUGUUCAAGGGUCUGCCACAUAACCCUGGCCUCAAGGUCAGCGCCGUACAGCUGAACAAGGGCAAGGAAGACCCCCUCUAGAUGCACCUGAUGACUGCAUCUACCAUGAAAGCUGCGCAAAGAGGAACAACUUGUUUGUACCUGGUGGCUGCAUUAGUUGUGGUGCUACACAGAAAAUAUUCAAUUCAGCUGGCAUAUUGUUAUGGUACUUCUGUUCCUUCAUAUUAGAUGUUGGAUACACUGCUAAAUUUUGCUUCCAUAAAACGAUUAUAAAAGAACACAAAAUUGUAAUACUUUUUACAGACUAUUGUCCAGUGACUUCAGUAUGGAUUCAGCAGCAAUUCAAAAUUUCAGAUCAAUAUUUACUAUCCGUUGAAUUUA